ACAGCGCUUGGGGCCGAUGGCGGGGUUGGGGAUGGAGGGGGCUCUGACGGCUUGUUCCGACUCCAUAGCUCAUGUCCGGGUAAUAUUCAGCGACAAUCGCGAGGGGAGAUGAGCAAAUAAGUGAAGAGGGCCUCUCCAUCAGCGCCAGCACGAAAGCCAACCAAUCAACUACCAUGGCGUCGGCAAGAUUAACCAAGGAAUGCCCUAUCAUCAUUGUGGGUGCGGGCGUCUUCGGGCUGUCGAGCGCGUUGCACCUCUCGCAAGCGGGCUACAAGGACAUUACCGUCUUCGACAAGCAGCCGUACGCCGAGAAUGAGUACUCGACGGCUCGAGGCGCCGACGCGGCCUCUGCCGACUUGAACAAAGUCAUGAGGAUGAGCUACGGCGAAGAGAUCGAGUACCAGCGCCUCGCCUUUGACGGCGUCGACACGUGGAAUGCCUGGAACCGGGAGAUCCAGUCCUCGAAGCCCGAGGACCUGCCGCGGGGUCUCAAGCCGUCAGAUCUCAUCUGGAACAACUGCGGCUUUCUCCGAAUGAGCACUGACGGCCGACUGUCCGCCAUGGAGCGUGCCACGCUCGGGAACAUGACUCGAGAGGGGCUCCGGCAGACGCAGUUUGUCAUCGGAGACCCCGAGGAUGAGGAGAGGGCGAGAUCUCACUUCCAGCCCGGCGAGUGGGAGAAGAAGUCAGACCCGUUCGGGCGCAGGAGGCAGGGCAAGGAACUCGUCGGCGUCUUCGACUCUACUGCUGGGUUUGUCGAGGCUAGUAAGGCCUGCACGUGGGUGAUGCACCUGUGCCGCAAGAACGGUGUGCGAUUUGUGCUUGGCAAGAGAGAUGGUCAGGUUGCCUCCUUCAUCAAGGAUGGAAACGGUAAGACGGUUGGUAUUCGCACCGUAGGCAGCGCCGAGUACCGUUCGAAGCUCGUGAUCUUAGCUGCUGGUAGCUGGACCCCUUACCUGUUCCCAGCUGUAUCUUCGCUUCUGGAGACAACCGCUGGGAGCGUUGUAUUCUUCCAGUUACCACCGAGGGACCGUGCUCCUGAUCUCUGGGACAGGUUCUCUCCCGAAAACUUUCCCGUCUUCUCCUACGGAGGGUGGUCAAAUGGGCACGGCAUCGGUGGCUUCCCCCGGACCGAGAACGGGAUAGUCAAGAUCGGCUACCGAGGCACUAAGUAUACCAACUACGAAGACGUCUUGGACCCUACCACAGGUAGGACACAUCGAAUCAGCGUUCCUAAGACGGCGUACUGGCCGCAGACAUACGACCCGGCCGUCACUAAACAGGCCGUCGACGCCAUCAAGGAGGUGGUCAAAGAGGCCAUGCCAGAGCUUGCGGCAAUUGGGAUCACGGGCUGUAGGAAUUGCUGGUACACCGACAGUCUCGAUAACGGAUUCCUUGUCGACUACGUGCCGAACGACGAGGGCAUGGUCGUCUGCUCGGGAGGUUCGGGCCACGGUUUCAAGUUUCUCCCCACGCUCGGGCGCGAGGUGGUCAAGAUUAUCGAAGAACCCGAGGUUAAGAACGACUACGGGAGGCUCUGGCAGUGGCGGACUAAGGAGGGGCCGAAAAACGGGCUGGAGCAGGGGGAGGCUGGACCGAGGAAUUGGAAAAAACAGAUCAUGGCUACCAAGGAAGACUGGAAAUUCGAGGAGGCGUCGAGGAUCUGAAUAAGAAACAGAGAACGGCCAAAUCCGGGCACCGAAAGGGCCGCCGGGUUUGCUAUUAUAUUGUAGAUAAAUAAUAUUUAUGUAUUAAGGAGUGGGGGGUGCCGUGACCCUCAUGUCAACUGCAUGAUACGUGUUCGUCCUCUCGUAUGUCUUCAUAGG